AUGGUCAGCACAACUACUGCUGCUGCUGCUAUGCAGUAUCUUCACCAUGUGAGGGUCGAUUCCACAACUGACAGUUCUAUCCACCUGACAUGGAGCAUCAAGGAAGACGCCACAUCACAAAUAACAGGGUUUCAGGUUCACUUCCAAAAGGUAGCCAGCUCAUACAUCCAAUACAGUGCUAUGCUUUCAUCACUGACAACAAGUUACAAAAUUCGAAAUCUAGUCGCCGACACCUUCUACAAAGUGUGUGUUGUGAUGUAUCGGAAUGACACACAACAGGGACAAACCCGACAACAAUGCACUGGGGCAUCAACCACAAGUUGGCAUCUGCCUGUUUCCGUGGGUAGCAGCAUUGGUGCCAUGUUGGCGCUAUCUCUGAUUGUACUCAUGGUCUUGGUCGCUCGUUGCCCAACUGUCAUGAGACGGAGAAAAGGACCUGCAGACACGGGUAAAUAUGACAGCAUGACAUCUAACCUGCACGAUGAUCACUUAGAGAUGAGUGACACAACACUUCAAGUCCAAGAUGAUCCAUUCUCAGAUCAGGACAGCAUUAUCGUUGAAGUGCCUGUAUCAUUUCAUGAGCAAGCUGUAAAACAUCACCGGCAAAGCUUGAAUGAAGGCUAUACAAAUGGCAACCAGUGCUUUUAUUUAUCUACUACACCCCCUCAGGCGGGAUAUGUCCAGACACAGGCAACAUAUGUCCCUCACAUCCAUCAUGUGCGUCCACAUCUACAGCACCAGGGCAGCAUUUGCACAUACGAAGGCUGCAUUGAAGAAAUACCCCAUUGCAGCCAUAUGCAUUCAACAGUGGUCAAUAUUGAACACCAGCCUCCAUUAUCACGACUUGAUCACCAAACUUCUCUUGACCAAAACAAUCCAUUAUAA